UUUUGCAUGGUGAGGUAUUUUCGCAAAGAGAGGAAAACACAGUUGUGGCAGAGAGAGGAAAACAAUGAAAGUUUGUGGGAUGCAAUUCCUUAACCCUUCUCCCAUCAUCACUUCUCCUAGAAUUUGCAGAGGAAGAACGCCAUUUUCAACUAUUUUAAGCUCUGAUUUUCGAGGCUUAAAACUCCAUGGCUUCUCUGCAACUCCACGGAUUCCCUUCUUCCUUCCCAAACUCUAUUGCUCAAAUGGCGAACUGGUUUCAUCUGAGAAUCAGUCUUUCGAGACUUCUUCAAGUAGGAGCCCUUUUUCAAUAAUUGGGGAGAUGCUGGAUUUUCUAAAUGAAUCUUGGACUCAGUUUCAUGCUACUGCUGAAGCAAAACGGCAAUUACUUGCAGCAGGAUUUCAUAUGCUAAAUGAGAAUGAUGAAUGGGAUAUAAAGCCUGGGGGACGCUACUUCUUUACAAGGAACAUGUCUUGCUUGAUUGCUUUUUCUGUUGGAGAAAAAUACAAUGCAGGAAGUGGUUUUCAUGUUGUUGCUGCACACACAGAUAGCCCUUGUCCAAAACUCAAACCAAUAACUGCAUCAUCGAAGUCUGGAUUUCUUAUGGUGAAUAUACAGACAUAUGGAGCUGGGCUGUGGCAUACAUGGUUUGAUAGGGAUCUCAGUGUUGCCGGAAGAGUAAUAUUAAAAUCUGGUGAUGGGUCUUAUAAGCAGAGGCUUGUCAAAGUGAAGAGGCCUAUUUUACGAAUACCAACACUGGCCAUUCAUCUUGACCGCUCAGUAACCAAUGAUGGAUUUAAACCAAAUCUUGAGACUCACCUUGUUCCACUUCUUGCUACAAAACCAGAAGAUAAGACAUCUCCAAAGUUUGAAGAGGCAAUAUCUUUGUCGUCCUUAAAAAAUGCUCAUCACCCGCUUCUGUUGCAGGUUUUGUCAGAUGAGCUUGGUUGUCCUGUUGAAGAAGUCUUAGGUGUUGAGUUGAAUGUUUGUGACACCCAGCCUAGCUGCCUCGGAGGUGCAAACAAUGAAUUUAUCUUUUCUGGAAGACUAGACAAUCUUGCUUCGAGUUAUUGUGCUUUGAGAGCUCUUGUGGAUUCGUGUAAGUUUCCAGGCGAUUUAUCGCAUGAAUCUGCUAUACGAAUGGUUGCUUUAUUUGAUACUGAAGAGGUUGGAUCAAAUUCAGUACAAGGAGCUGGUGCACCUACUAUGUUUCAGGCCAUGAGACGCAUAGUUGGUUGCUUAAGUCAUGGUCAUGUUGGUGAGAGCACUUAUGAGCGAGCAAUACGAAGAUCAUUUCUGGGGGGGGCUACACUGACGCCAACGACGAAUCCCCAUUAUCUCUUGCUCUCCAACUGUUCAACGAAAACCAAAUCAAUACUGAUAUUUUAUCCUCAUCCGACCACAUGGGAUCCCGUGGCACUUCUCGCAAGGAUAAACAACCCAUGAGAAACAUAGUACCAUAUGAAGGAGAACCUUCACCUCUCAAUAUACGUUCACCUUCACAGUCCCCAAUACAUCAAAUUACUUAUCCAGAAGCACAUGCUUCUAUUCCUACAUACUCACCAGCUCAAUCAAAGUCUGCUCAUACAUCAAAUAUCCCAAAAUCUGUAUACAUAGAAAGAGCCUUCUUAAUGGAUAUCACCAUAGAUGAACAUCAGGUUCAUAUGGAUCCUAUCAAACUUGCACCAUUAUACUUACUAAACCACCUCAACCACCUCAACCCUACCAAUGGGGUAAAGACCAGAUAAUACUAUGAAGCCAUACUCAUGAAAACAGGGUCUAUCUCUGUAGUCCAUUACUACCAGCAAAAUACCAGAAUAAUUGCUUAUUCCAAAGUUCAGAUAAAAAAGCUUCUUCCCUAUGAUGAGUGGGGUUGCAAUCCCGCACAGGGAAAGAAAUUGCACAACCCAGAUUUUUCAUACAAAUAUUUUAAAUAUGCCGAGUAUAUAGAAGCCUGGCACAAAUUCUUUUAUUAUCAAAAUCCAAACAACACACAGCUGGUAUCUUCAAUUCCGGCUGCCUAUUUUCGAAAGAUUCCCCACAUGGUUUCACAACUGGUUCUUAGUGUGGGGCUCAACUUCUUUGGUUCUACCUCCUGCUUUCAAAAACCUGCAGGAACAAUUUGUGCAAUAUAAUAAUAGUGACAAUAUGAUUGACACUCACCUCUAUUUUAUGAAAUAGGACUACACCAUCUCAUCCAAUACCACAAAUGACUAUACCUAUAUUCCUAGAUUAGGAAAAACCAUUUCGGUAAAAUGGUGGGAUAUCUUCCUAAUGGAUCUCACCAAGACCACACCAAAAAGAAUACCCCCACAAACACCUAAAUACCAGGAAAACCCAAAUACUGCAAAUACCUCUUUUGACUUUCCAACCUAUCUCCGAAAUAUGCUGCAAACCAAUCCCAAUGCAUCAAAAGAAGAAUUAGAAAAACAGAUGAGAGAAGUUUUUGCUGAGGCCGGAAGAAAACCAACAUCUUCCGAAGAAAUAGUACAGUCUUCUCCACUCCACACCAAUAGAUAUCUUCAACUGAGUGAAGAUAAUCCAGAAGAGACUGAUCCAGAAGAAACAGAUCUAGAAGAAGAUGAUCCAGAAGAAGUCAGCCAAAGACCAUGAAGUCUCUAUCAACGCCUGCAUACAAACGACAAAAGCAAUCAACAAUAAAAGCCAAAAUACUAUUCCCAGAUUCCAAGCACCGACAUAUACGACAACAAACAGUGACCACGUCACCGACAAGGAACACUGUUCCAGAUGUCUUACUGUAGCCAUAAUUCAAUAUGGACAAAAAAUACACUGUACAAGAUGCCCGAAAAGCAUCCUUCUUUUGUUUUUUUUCCUUUUGUCUUCUUCGUCUUACCCCUGUGGCGAAUCUCUUUAAGUCUUCUCACUUACCCUUUAUCACUUUGGCGAAUCUCUUUUAAGUCUUCUCAUUCUUGUCCUCUUCCUCCGUUUCCUUUAUUCCUUUCUUAACAAGGAAGCAACCUCCCUCUAUAAAAGGACCCAACCUUCUUCAUUCGAAGCAGGGUCUUCCACUUCUCUCUUACACUCUUCUUCUUCUCAUCUCGCUCUCUAUCCUAGAAGAGCUUCAAAGCCUUCAACCUUCUCAAAACCUUCAACCUUCUCACUUCUUCAACCUUCUUCACCUCUUCCCUUCUUCUAUCUGCAAAUCUCUUCUUAUGAGACAACCGUCUUCCCGAAGUAAUAUUGCAAUCAGAGCUAUCCUGACCUUCAUAGCUCAAAUAACCAGGUUCUAUCUUUACCUUUUUCAAUUUAUUAUGUGUGACUGUAAUCUCAAAACUCUUCCCUCAUACUGCCCACAUCACUGGAAAUUGUUUUCCAGUUAUUGUCUUUGCAAACAGUAAGUUUCUCUGCUAGACUAUUACUCUGUUUGGUUUAUACUCUCUAGUAUUGCUCUCUCAUUCUCUCUGUUAUCCUCUCUGAUAUUCUCUCUGUUAGACUCUCUAAACCACAUAUGGGUGUGGUUUGUUUAAGGUUGAGGCCCUAACUAAUCAACGUAAGUCGCACCUUGAAAUAGUGUCGAAAGAUAUUGUUUUAGUAAUUGUAAAUCUUUGUAAUUGCCUGAAAAUUUAUUUUUAU